GGUACUAUAGCCUAGUAAAAAAAACCAAAACGGUCAAAUGAAUUAAUUGGGGUUUAGCUUUAACACCAUCUCAUGGAUUAAGUUGUUGAAUCGUUAAAAGUUCGUUGGUGAACUUUGUUGGUUGAUUUUAUCAGGCUCAGAGCAGCAUGUCUUAUGAACAUUCUCCCAGAAAGGCAGGGCUGCCAAGAGAGGUGGUGAAAUGGCUGCAAAGCCUCGAGUUGUCAUUUUCUCCGAAGAAUGUGCGAAGAGAUUUUUCCAAUGGUUACCUUGUGGCAGAGAUAUUGUGUCGUUAUUACCCCCGAGACUUUCAAAUUCAUUCAUUUGAUACAGGAACAUCACUCUCUGCCAAACAGAGGAACUGGAGCCAAAUACAGAGGUUAUUACACAAGCAGAAUCUGCACCUGAUGAAAGAGGCAAUUGACGGAGCCAUCCACUGCAAACCAGGAGCAGCUGAACUGUUGGUGCAGGAGGUGUAUACUAUUUUAACAAACAGGAGCAUCAGAGAUGUUCAGGGCCCACAGCCAGAUUACACUGACCAAGAUUACCAGGAGCGUCUGCCCACAGCGGCCCGUUCCACGGCCUCCAAAGCCAUCAAGAACAACCUGAGGAUAACAGAGAUCAUGGCUGAGCCCGACAUCAGCACAAACCAGAGGAAAGCUGAAGUCAUUCUCCACAAGCACCUGGAGCACAAGGCUGCAGAGAGGGUUUCUAACCCUGAACGUUUCAAAGUGAAGUGUAAUCUGGGUGGGCUGGCAUCCAAAAAACCCUGUGCCAUCCAGCUGCACUGACGAUUGCUUUGCUUCAUCUGGAGACACUACACUACAUCAAAUUCAUGCUCCUCUUCAACCUGGAGGGGAGCUGCUGUUCCCUUUAAAGAGAAACAGGUUCACCAGCCUGUGAGACACUCCCUGGUUAACUAUUAAAGCAACUGAAAGGAGAUCCAAGCUUUAUUAUUGUACUGUGUGUGUAUGCCAUGUGCUAUAUUGAUAUGUUUUCUGUACUUAUUCAGACCAUAGCCUAUUUAAGCUAUUAUGCCUCACAAGUAUUUACUGGAGGAUGAUUUGUUGUGAAAGACAGAGGACGUCACCGUUUGUUAUGGCUUAUGUAAUGCUCUGGUGUCUCUACCAUCAUAUUUUGAGGUUAUGUAAGUUUGUACCAGCAGGUGGCAGCAUUGAGUCAUGAGCAGAGCUCUCAGUGGUUUAGACUAAAAUCCUGCUGUAGGUGUAUCGAUGACAAAAAGAGGAAACACAUGGGUAUACUGUAUGCAGCAGAAACUGACCGCCUUCAGUGUUAAUCUGUUUGUGUUACUCACUGUGUUAAGUAUUUAAAUGCUAUUCCUGAGUUUGUUUCCGUUUGAGUUUGUUACUGAAUAUGCAUCUUCCUGUCUUUACCAUCACUACAACAGACAGAUAUUUUUCUCAAUCUAUAUGAAGAAAUGAUGAUCAACCACCCUGCAAAUGCUGCUUAAAUAUAUUCUUAGCUCAUUACAUUCACUGUUGUUGGUGCCACUUCAGGUAACUCAUAGCUGAUUCUUUAAUUGGCUUGCUAGAUUUGAGAAAUGACAUGAAAUAUGUUUUUAUGUCUUGUUGGUUGUCAUUUUAUUAGAGUUACAAAUACGCCAACCCUUGGUUGAGUAAAGUGUCUAUGAUUUAGAAAUGUCGAAUAAUUAGUCACUGGUCUUGACUUUUAAAGGUGUUAAUGACUAAAGGCUAAAGAUGUUUUUCUGUGAAUUUCAAUACAACUUUGAUAACACAAAGCAAAAGUGCUGACACAUCUAACUGUUAUAAUGACUGUAUAGCAGUGCCCCUCAAUUUACUGUUUGUGAAGGGAUUUUAACUUGUCAAAAAGGAGCUCUUACAUUUAAGCCAGACAGCUUCUAACCCUGGGUGUGUUUGGUAGAUAUUCGAUUACUUGACAGACAGAUACUCUGCAUUAAUGGCGUCAUAUGUUGUGUCCUUUCAUUAGCUCACCUCAGAGCUGUGUUGGGACAUUUUAUCGGUACAUGAAUAACUGGAGAGGUUUCUCUCCUGACAGACAUAUUU